AUGAGCAAACUCCAGUCAGACAGAUCAUAUAAGAUCGAUUAUCAUAUUGUUAUCGAAACAGGCGAGCAAGGUACUGACACGCCUGUUUCGCUCAAAGUUCAUGGAGAGAAAGGUUCUGCUGAUAUUCCAUUGAAAGGAAAAGAUGACAAAACAUCUUUUCCAUCGAAAUCGAUCAACGAAUUCACAUCCUCGGAGAAGGAUGUCGGUAAAAUUUAUUAUAUUACCUUCGCACUUGCUGUGAAAAGCGAAGAUGUUGUUUGGCAUCUGAAGAAAGUGCAGCUGAAGAAAGGAAGCGAGGAGUACAAUUUCGAUGCGAAUGUUCGUCUCGAUCGAAAUGAUAACAAAGCUAAUCUUUAUCCGGCCGAUGCCGUCAAUGGCCGUCCAGGAGAUGAUUAUGUACAAAGUGAAUUACGUCGAUUACGAGAAAACCUUCGUUGUGAAUCAUCGAAACUCCAUCGGCCACAGCACAAACCUCACGAACCUUUUGUUUUCAAUGAUUUACGACCUUACUUCGAUACGAGUUCCGUGGAAAGAGCAAUCUAUUCACAUGUCAACAUACCACCCGGAUAUUAUACUCGUGUGACUGCACUUCGUAUUGUUGAGCCAUGGGAAGCGUAUGGUAUGGACUAUGGUGUCAAUUACGAAUAUUUAAGACAUCGUAAAACUCGUAGUUUAAGUGGUAAACCACCACCACCGAAACCUGAUAACUCAACCGAUCGCAAGCAAGGUUCAACACAUUUACCACCGUAUCCUCGUGUUGACAUGCGAAAACCUGCUGAAUAUUCAGGACCAUUGACUGUAAACGAUAUUCCAAAGAUCAGAAACUUAGUUCGAACUCGUUAUACCAGUCAAGCGGAUAGUCAACGUGAGAAAGAUUAUCAACGAACGCACAACGAUUUGUACCGUAUGCAAUUGGACAACGUCGAUGCAUAUCAUAAAUCAAACCGAGACAAUAUGCUUCGAGUUUACCAUUCUUACUUAGAGAACACUCCCGGCUCAAAGAAGGCACUACGUGAAUUAUGUGAUCAACUAUCACCCAAAAACGGCAAAUCGGACGUAAAGAGUGCCGCUUAG